CACGGAUAUUAUGCAGAAACACUUAUGUAAGAAAGCUUAGCUUAUGCAGGUGGAAAACUUGUGUUUCUUUUUAUCUAGUCUAUGUGUGUAUAUAAAAAAAGAAACUAUAGCCCCCACUGAAUAUACAGGAUUGCUGGUUGGGUUAAAUGACUCCGUGUUGAUCCGACCUCGUAUACAGGCUUCAGCGGGGUGCUAUAUCUACUGUAUUACUAAUUGUUUAAAUAUCCAGAACCAAACAGAGUUCAUGAUAUCUUGCUGUAUUUUAUUCCUUUUUGUUUUUGUGAGAAUAGUCUCCCAUGAGAUAAGUCGUUUCCGCAGUCUUGACAUUGAUUAACGGAGUAUUGUGGUUUGGUAAUGUGACGUCAUUUUAGGCGUCGAGUUGCAACAAAGCAACAUUGUUUCAAUUUCUUAAUUAUUUGGUUUACAGGUUGCAUUUAGCUGAACGCUACAAUGUUACGACGUUACGUGAUGGUUUUGUUCGGGAUGUCGUGUGUAACCGUUGUCCUCAUCCAUCAUUCCGCAAAUUUAAACUGCCCUGUCCCUACUCGCAAGAGAAUAUCAACUAACUGUACAGAAGCGAUUUACCGCGACGUACAUGUGUCUAAUAGUGAUGGUCCAUCAACUCUGGAUGAUAUUUACAUCACCGUAAGGACAAGUAGAAAAUUUCACGAAUCCCGAGUUGCUCCAAUCGUUCAGACUUGGUUCAAUCUUGCGAGAAAACAAACUUAUAUUUUCACAGACGGUGAUGACGAUAAGCUGAAUGAAACAACUGGGGGUCAUAUUAUCAACACACACUGUGGACAAGAGUAUAAUCGACCUCAUCUAAGCUGUAAAACAGGAACAGUGUUUGAUAAGUAUUUGGCGAGCGGUAAAAAGUGGUGGUGCCGAUUCGACGACGAUAAUUACGUCAAUCCACCACGUCUGGUCAAUCUUGUUAAUGGUUAUAACUGGACACAAGACAUCUGCAUUGGUAAACUAAGCGUUCCAUCAUAUACAGCAAACUAUCGUGGUCGUCCUGAGAUAUAUCAGUUUGCCCACGGCGGUGCUGGUUGUUGUAUUUCCAGACCAUUGGCCUUAAAAAUGCAACCGUGGUGUGGAAGAGAAAAACUGGUGGAGACUACAGAAGAUGUUGGGAGGCACGAGGAUUGUACUUUGGGUUUCAUUAUAACCAACCGAUUAAAAAUAGACUUGACACUCACAGACCUUUUGCAUUCCACAAGAGAGUCACUUAGAGAUUUAAACCCGGGCACUUUACAUGAGCAAGUGAGCAUAGGACAAGGCCCGGGCAACACAGUGAAUUUGGACCAAGCGAAGAAUGCAAAGAUAUUCAGUCAUGAUGUGGACCCAACACGGUUUAUUACUCUUCAUUGUUUUCUAUAUCCUACAUCUAGUAUAUGCAAAGCAUAACAUUGUGUUGAUUCUUCUUAUAGUUGGAUUUAAGAGCGAUGUAGAGCAGUGAAUGUAAUACAAAUAUAAACAAGUGAAA